UUUUGUCGGGAGCACGGUGUUAUUUCUUACACAAUGUAUUUCCCAACGAGUUAGAGAUAUCUCUAACGUAUAUCUCUAUCGUAUAUCUCUAACUCGUUGGUAUUUCCAAUGUUUUUGAAUUUAACACACAUUUAUUUCUAACCGUGAACACCGCGUCACGAAUCGGUUCUAGUAACCGGGUCACCGUACUGGAUAUAGAAAAUCUGUGCUCUUAGUUUCUUCUGAGGGCGCUGCUCCUCCAACAUACCCAAAGAUCUUUUAACUACAUCAUUAACGUUAUAACCACCUCCAUUGUCUAUUGUAUACUCCGAUUUAAUCUUAGUGGCACCCAUUAACAUUACGAUUAACAUCCAUUGGAAGUAUUUUAAGAUCAAGGAGGGAGGAUCGAGAGCUUCGUUAAGACUUAAAUAUUUAUUAUUGGAGCUCUUGAUUAGACAGCAAAAUCCCCUUUUCUUCCAGUUUGUGAUCUUGAAGCCCAUUGUAUUUAAAUUGAAAUAUAUAUCUAAUGUCGACAUCACAAAGUACUUUCAUAUUUGCCUAUGAUCCACAUUUACUUAUCAUUUACUCUUUGACCCGGAGAAAACGGGAAGUGAAGCAAAGUGAAGACAAGUGUGUGAAAAAAAUACUGUCCGGAGAACUUGCACACUUGCAGUUGGCUGCUUGCUUGGACGAGGUCCGGCUAGCAAAGGUUGGAUUUCGGUUUAUCGUUUAUCUUCCUCAGGUGUUCCAAUAUCUGGUAGUAAAAUGGCGAUUGCGAACAGCAUUUAUCAAAUUCUCUUUAGGAGAACGUCAACUUUUGCCUUAACCAUCAUCGGUGGGGCAUUUUUCUUCGAAAGAGCUUUUGACUUAGGAUCGGAAAAGUUGUUUGAAGAAAUUAAUAAAGGGAAAUUGUGGAAAGACAUCAAACAUAAUUAUGAAGAGUCUUAAAUUAAAGCUCAGAAUGGAAUAUUUAAUUUUAGUUCUCAUUUGUAUAUAAAUAAAGUAUAUAACCUGUUCAAGUACAGAUUUUGUUUACUUCUCUACAAAUCCCUUUCCUUCUUUUUUAUUCGCUGUAGCUUUGCUGUCCCCAUGCUAGUCUAAUUGAAGCACUAUAAAUGUGGGCAACAGGGGACAAGGAUUAAUAAUUUUGACCAUUUAUAUGCUUGUAUGAAUUGUGUGUAAUUGUAUCAUGGCAUAACUAAAAAAAGUUGUAUUCUAGUGUAAGUUAUAAUUUGAUUCUCUUGGUUGGUCAUUACCCAGUUGUGGAGGAGCGACCUUAAAUAAAUAAACUAAAAAGAAGGGACUAACAUUAUAAGUGUGUUGUAUUUUUUCAUAUAGCAGUCUUGGGUAACAAGGUUCUAUCGGAUAAAAUUUUAGAGAUCACUUCAAAAGCUUGUAUGUAUCUAUUUAAAAUGUAUAAAAUUAUCUAAUUUUGCUUAGAAGAUUUUUCUAGUGUAAUUUGAGAAAAUAUAAAAGUUAAAAGAUGUUGAAAUAACAUUUACACCAGUGCUGCGGCUUGACAGUUUUCUGUAGUCAUUUCACUAGACUUGCUCAUUGUUUUAGAAGCAAUACAGAUUGGUCCCAACGGCCAUACACCUGGACCAAAUACAAAAAUUUGGCUUGAUUUGCAGUGAAAUUUGUAUGCAAAUAUUCUUAAAUGACUUAGCCAUUUAAGAAUAUAAAAUAUGUUUGAAAAACAGAUUUUAAAGCAAUUCAGGCACAUGUUGGUAUUGUGACCAGGUUUUCAGCAAUUGGACUAUUGAUGGCUGCAAAACUGCACCCCCAAAAAAGUGAUUGAACCUUGUCAGUUAUGGUAUUUGAAAUAUAUUUGAAGAAUCCUUUUGAAAUUCUGUAAUUUGUAACUUGGUGCGUGUGUGUGUGUUGUGCUCGUACACAUUUUCAUGUUAAAGUAAUGAAAGUCAAAAAGACUAAGAAAUUGUGAAUGCUUGUGAUAAGUUACGAAACCACUGAAUAUUCAAUAAGGCUGUCAUGCAAUUGAUUUCUUGAAUACUAUUUCCUGUUGCUGUAUGGAUAAAUACUAUAAUUUUAUUUCAAAAUCUUGAUUUCUUGCAAAAUGAUAAAAUUAAGUAAUUAAAAUAAAGUCUUUAAAUAUAAUUUAAAUGUAUUAAUGAAGACUUCUGAACAUCUUGACUUACCAGAUGAAAGAGCAAUAUUAAUAACAUUUAAGUUCAAAGUUUAAUUCAUCUGCCUGGAACAUAAGUAUUAUAAAAAAAACAAGACUAUGAAGGUUACUGCAAAAUUACAUUUUAAAUGUAAUGUUUGUAUCAGAAACGAAUACUAAGUAAUACAUAAUGGAAAUAGUAUGUCUUGUAAAAGACUUCUUAGUUGUUCAAAGGAUUGGGUAUCAAUUUUGAAAGAGGGUUUUUGCUUGUUCUAAAAUUAAGAGAUUGAUUCGGUUCUAUUCCAGAAGAAUGAGAUUAUCAGAAACGUUACUAAAUUGUUUCCAUGCUUCAUAAAUUGUAAACCCUGCAUAUUUUAGAAUAAUGCUGUUUUGGGAAGAGAAAUGAAAAUUUGGGCUACUUUCCUCCUUUACCUUUAAGGAUAAGGCUUCAACCUGUACCGAUGUCCAAUUCUUUGCUCAGAGUUCAUGGGAUAUUUUGAAGGGCUAAUGGCAGCAAUCUCUUAUGUGGCAUCUUUUCCAAAUGUUUGCAACAUUUCUAGUUCAUAGUAAGCUCUAUGUGUGUGUGUGUUUUUUUAUACAGGUGUGACAUGUAUAUGUUCUUUAUAUUUUGGAGAGAGUAACUUGAAGUCCACUUUUACGUAUUUUCAAAAUUACUUUUAAUUCACUUCUGUACACAAGAACUGGAGUAGUAUUACAGAACUUCAUGUGGUUAUUUUUACACGUGUUAUAUUUUUAAUUCGUGUUUGUUUCCACACAUGUCCCUCAACUUGUCGUGUUUUACUUUUUCGUUUCAGAGUAGAGAGAAAGCUAUGUAACGCUGUGUGAAGAAGUGACGAAUUUUCAGCAGAAAAUCUCGUAUUUCAGGCUCCUGGUAACGAGAAAGUGGAUAAAUCCAGUUGC